UUGAAUUAGUUAAGUGAAAAUCUGGAAUAUUUAAUAAUCACUUUGGUAUGAUGAUUUGCAAAUUUUAAGUUUAUUGAAAAGACAACAAAUAUUGGAAGGAAGAGUUGAUUUAUUUAAAUUUCUUGCACUUAGUAUUUAUCAAAACAAAAGAUGAUAAAUAUACCAGAGGAAAUUAACCUUGAAAAUUAUAUUCUAAUACUUCCAUCAGUAGCCACUGGAAAUGUUGGACAAUUAUGUGUUGAUUUACUAAUAUACAAUUUAAAGUUGAACAAGAUUGGAAGUUUAUGGAAUUCUAUGUUUCUUCCCAUAUCUGGUCUUGAUCCUUAUAAUAAUAAUUCUAGUUCUCUUUGCACUGCUGCUGAUUUUUACCUUACAACAUCUCCUAAAAUAAUUUGUUUACAAUUGCGUUCACCUCACAUUGAUAAUUCAACUGACUUUUUUGAAGAAUUAGCACAAUUUGUUCAGAAGAGGAAAAUCACCAAGGUAAUAAUUUUAACCAGCAGUUAUGGCUAUGAAUGUUCUAAUGGAAUAGAUCCUACCCUGAGGUACCUAACUUCAGAUGAUUCUUUAUUAAACAAUGAAAAGCUUCUUGAAAAUCUUGCUUGGAAGAAGCAUACAAAACAAGUUUCAAUAGAAUCUACACUACGUAGUUAUAUUUCUGGUGGAGGUUUUGCAAGUAACCUUUAUGAACAUUUAAAAUCAGUGGAAAUUGCUUGCACAGUGGUUUUUUGUUAUUGUUCAGAAGGAAAUAAUGUUUCUGAUGCAUUAUUGUUAUUUAAAGGUUUAAAUCAAUGGCUAAAUUUAUUAAAUGAUAAUGAAAAUAAUGAUAUGAAAUAUCCACCAUCAUGGGAAUACUUUUUUGGUAAUCCACCUUCUUCAGAACUGUAUUAGGAUUCAAAUAUAUUUUAUUUACAAACUCUUA